GUUUAUGGUAACAUGUCCGCCUACUUUCUGUUCUCUAUUCUGUUCACUGCUAAAUUGAUAUGGCUACAAACUCCCUCAAAUUUAAGGUGAAUGCUAUCACUUUUAACAGAUUAGUCAUUGUUUCAAUUAAAAUCCAAUCUGCUGAAGUGCAGAGCAGACACAACAAAAUGUGUCAGUGUUCUGAUGUUCUAAACUGUAAGAUCACAGAUACUUUCAACUCUGUUAACCCCCAAAGUAUAAAUAUUUGAAAUAUGAAUGUCACACAAUAUCACAGAACAGGAGUAAUUCUUCCAUGAAAACAUGGACGAGGUCUAAUAACACUGAUAUCACACACAUACAGCAGACAUCAAGAAAUGCCCGUUGAGAGCAUCAAUUUUAAAUUACUGCCACUGUAAAUUAAAGACCACUCCCUGCUUUCUACCCCUGCCUCUACUACAUCUGCUUUCACGUUCCCCAAACAAAUACACCAACAACAUUAUUGUCUCAUGUGGCCUGCAGUUUUUUCUAUUGCCUCUAGAGUUCAUAUCUUUGUCAACUUAACUGUAGAAUAUCACUGCCUGUCAUCAUUCUCAAGGAGGUGUUUUUACAAGAAACAGACGCUCUGAUCAGCCAGACAGCAGCUUCAUCAGUUUAUUUUCAUCCCAUAGUGUAAUACACCACCAAAACCUCAGCGAAGUAUGGACAAAGAGAGACAGAUGAUGAUAUUCUGUAUGUUUCUGGCAGCUAUUAUCAGUCCUGUGUUUACUGAAGAUUGGAGGGCCGAUGUUGUAAAAGAACUUGAUGCCCUGGUCACAUCCUGCAUUGUGGUACCAUGUUCAUUCACCCAUCCUAAAGAGAACUUGCCCACCUCCAGACUCAGAGGGAUCUGGCAUCGUUCAACUGAUAAAGACCAACGCAUCUAUUACGAGGAUAGCACGCAGGUCUUGGAAAACUUUAGGGGCCGCACAAAGUUGUUGGGACAUCUCGGUCAGAACAACUGCUCUUUAGAAAUUACUAACAUUAAAGAUCAUGACAACGGCCCUUUCUGUUUCCGGAUCGAACUAGCACGAACAGAGACUGAUACAUCCACCGUUGACAAGUUCUCUUUUGUGGAGAGUUGUGUCACGUUCACAAUGCUCCCUGAUCCUCCGAAUCCUACACUGAUUCACCAAAAGACGGCCAUUCAAGAUCGUCCCUACACUAUCACCUGUUCAGUCCGCCAUACCUGCCCCUCCCAUGUGCCUAAACUCACAUGGAGUAGAGGCACGGCAGAUGAGGUAAUAGAGGUCCACAAGGAAACUGGUUUUGGCUACUGGGAGGCCCAGUCCAUCCUGACCAUCAUUCCUGAGGAGAAGGAUGAUCACAGUGACGUCACCUGUACAGCUCAAUUUAAUGGACAGAAGACAUCAUCUAAAACAUUGACACUCUAUGUAAAACGCACAGAAAACUAUAACCACAUCAUCAUUCCCACGGUGGCAGUGAUUGGUACAGCUGUGAUCUUUGCAGUCUUCUGCAUUUUCAUGGUGAAAAGAUACAAGAAACGCAUUGCAGAACUCCAAAGUGGGGAUGGCAGCAUGUGGAACCGGCUGUCCAGGCUGUCUCGCAGGAUUCGCUCUGACGGUCCAGGACCAUCUCGUUCUGAUCAAAGAAGGUCUAUUUGGAGCAGAUUUUCAAGAAGGCCUAAAGGGGACACGGUGGAUUUGGGUCAUAUGCCUAAAAACCUAAACUCAAAAUCCUGUGCCGACCAGAAACCCUCCAAGGCUCGUUUCCCAUCCCCCAAAAGCCAGCCAAAAUCCUGCAAUUACCAAGAGGACCUUAAUGAUGGUGACGAUUACAUGAACACUGCAGACCUCAACAUCUAUGGAAACAUCUGAAAAACACCAGAAAACUAAUCUAAUCAGAUUCAUUAUGAUCUUUUGUAAUAAGAGCAUCUGAUGACUGCAGUUUUGUCGUACAUGACUACUAUGAUCAUCUCAAUCAAAAUAUAUUUAAUUAUGGCUUAUAAAUUGAUCAUAUUAUAUAUAUAGUAUAUUAUAAUUUAUUAUAAAUAUAAUAACUUCUGCAUAACAGUAAGUAUGCAACUUUGUUCAGCCAGUGUAUUCAUUUGUUUAGGCAUGAUGUCAUCAUUGUUGGGCCUGAAACAUAAUCCAAAUGUCAUAGUGAGGUUGAAGUGAAUAAAUACCAAAGGCAAAAAAUGAAGAAAACAAGAAAGAAGACUAGUUUUUCCCAUCUAGCUCUCAACAAGAAAGUGAAAAAGUGUAUUUACCAAAAUGUCAAACAAGUUCUUCUUCUUUAAAUCAUUUAAAUACAUCCACAUACAUAUAUCCAUAUGGUGCUGGUGCAUUUCAUAUCUCAUUCAGUCAUUAACAAAAUUAAAUAAGAGAAUAAAUAUGGCUUUGUAAUGGGAAAAGCUGUACGUAUCGAGAAUCAAAGACAUGAUUUACUGUAAAUAAGACUUAACCUAUCUAGAGAGAGAGAGAGAGAGAGAGAGAGAGAGAGAGAGAGUUGGUCAGUAUCCUUUACAGGAAGCAGCAUACUCCUUUUGGUAUAGGCAAAUUGCUCUCCCCAGAUUUUAGGGGGAGGUUUCUUAAAAUGAUGGGUGGUUAGAAACUUUAAAAGGUGGUAAAACAAUUCAGAAACAUUCCACUCUGAAGGUAAGUCAUUCUGAUUUAAAGAAAUAGCAUAUCAAAAGCUAAAGAAGCUUUCCUUUUUCUGUAUCUUACAAUUUCAUAUUAGUUUAAAUGCUGAAAUGCUGAGUUUUUGUGAUUAUCAUGGCUUCCUUAAAAUGUAGUUGCUGACAGAAAGUAUAGCACAGACUUUGGUUUUUGUUAGAAAUCUGAGACAUUUUUUAAGUACAGGAAACCACUCUUGCAUGUUGUGUCAUAUCCGAAAUAUAUCAACACAAAAUAAUAUUUCUUUAGGCUGAAAUGAUUUAGCUUGUUACCAUGUCUGGAAAACUUUCUGAAAUCGAGAAUGUUUUUUUGUCGACAAAGUCUACCUUGUCUACCUGCUUUUUUAUGCUUUUUUAUGCCAUUUUAUGUCAUAUUAACAAUGACUGGCCUAAAUUUAGAACUUUCAAAAAUGUAACUGCUUCAGAAAUGAGGAAUUAUCUCAGUCUAUUGAGAAAAUUGCUUUUUUAUUCUAGAAACAAUGUAAUGUGGUUUGUUUUGAACAGUUUUUAGGUUUUAUUUGUAUCUAUGGCAUUACUGUGAUGUAGAUGUGUUUUUUAACCAUAACUUAAUAAUCUGUAUGUAUUUUAUGUAUGCUUUUAUGUAUGUUGUCUUCAACUCUUUUGCCAUUGCUGCCUAUUUUUGUCAGUAUUCCCUGUUUAACUUAAUAAAUACAUAUAAGAUUGAA